AUGACGUGUCCGGAAUACUUCGCAGAUGGAGAAGUGAAUACAGUCACGUGCGUUGUCAACAUGACAAGAAGUCCAACAGCUUUGUGUGGAACAAGUGACAGCUACUGGGAGAUUCAAGAGGAUAAACAGGACAAUACUUUCACCUGCGUGGGACUGUCAGCACAAGAAACAGUAUACUGGUACAUUUGGGACCAAACUUCUUGGAACUUUAAUCUCGGUUCAUGCCCUCCACUUUCAGACAGCAAAACUCCAGCUGUUUGUCAAUCGGUAGCUUCUACUAUUUUCAGUCUACACAGACUUUCUGAUGAUACUAGCAAAGUAAUCCUCAACACAAGCGCGGCGCCAAAUACUGCGUUAUUUGAAAGAGGACGUCUUAUCUGCUCUGUCCAAAACACUUCAGCCGGGUGUAGUUUGGACUACAUAUGCCCCAGUGAAAAUAUUUCAUGCACGGUUCAGUUCAGCAACUACACUUGGGCUGUAAUUGGAGAGUGCAUAAUUGGAAAAACACGCUCAACUCAGAAUAGAUAUCGAUGUGAGUGGAUCCAGACUAAAGAGUCAUCAAGAGAAUCAGUUCUUCUUGGCAACAUAUCUAUGCACGUUGUGAAUCUUAAUGAGAACUUUGUCGGUGGAUGGUGCAAGUUCACCAGCUACCUGCCAUCUGUGGGUCAGUACUCUUACCGUGUGACCCUUGUUCCCAGUGAAGUCACAGUCAAUGCAAGUUUUACUGGAAAUAACGAAAUACGUCACCCACACAGCACACCGUACCACAACUGUCCAAAGUUUGUACAAGAAGGCGGUGACCUCAACUGCACUUGUUUUGUCAGUGACCUGGGUAGCCCUCCUGGUGUACUACAAUGGAAUUUAACUAAUUUAGCACAGUUGCAACUGUCGAAUGUACAGGCUUCCGAUGAUUCUUCCUCACACAUCUGCCAGCUCAUAUGGAACAAUACGCUUGUUCAGUUUGUGGAGUACAUUUUAAGACUGACAACUGUUCCUCAAAACGACGGUACUCUGACAUGUCCGUCAGUGUGGAAAGACCAGGAGACAGUGACUCUGACCUGCGAAGUCGAUGCUUCACAUGUGAACUGCGCAGCUUGUCCAGGUCUUUCAGGAAAAAUCUCGUUCAACUUUGUAACACGUGGGGGCUCACAAGUUACCACCUGUAUGAUCACCCCCUACCUGGAUUCUGCGUGCGAUGGUGUAUUUAACGAACAGGGCUGUCGGUGUAGAGAGAAGACUGCCAAUGACACGUACAUCUUGGAGUACACAGUAACUGCUGACGUCCACAUGCACCUGGGAGGGUCCUGGGCAUGCGUGCCUGUAUGCCUGGAUUCAAAUUACGUCACAAUAGCUAAAACAAUAGCAACAUCCGGUAACUGUACCAAUGUGUACUUUGAAACACCAGAAGUGACAAAAACAACCACAACCACAGAAAAAGUUACAACGGUGACUACAACAACGACUUCAAUAACCGCAAACGCAACAACAACAGUGACAACAUCAACGACAACGAAAAUUACUACCACUGGUAUUUUUUUCUUUUCAUAGUAAUAAAACAAACCUGUCUUUUAUUUAUAUAAAAAAGAUAUAUAUUUGUAUGAUUGUGUGUAAAAUAAGAUUUUCUUAAAAUCACGUGCAAGUCCACGGCGCUUUCACGGUGUCUUUUAAGUCUGAUAUUUAUAUUUACCAGGGUUAGUAGUCUAUACAGAUUGUGUCGUUAGAGGAGGCUGCUCCGGUACAUUUACUUUUUAAGUUUUUUCCGGUCUCUAAAUUUAAAUGAUAGGUACUACUUAAUGCUUACAACAAAGAGCAAAUUGCGAGAUACCAAUAUAAUGCAGAGCAAACUUAAGCAACAUCUUUUAUUAAGAGAAAUGAGACAAAGACCUGUAAAGAUGUCUGCUUCGACAUUAACAGUAAGCAUAAUGUUAGUUCAUUAGUAUAAGAUUCAAGAAUACUUUUUAAAAGAUUUUGUUAUUAUAUUUAUCAUUUUUUGCAGUACAAUCGGCGCCAUAAGAAACAAAUUCUGCAGAAAAAUGAUGUUGACGGGAUUCUCAAAACGCCAAAUAACUGCAGACAUGACUUAAAGUUACUUGAUUAAUUAUUCAUUAUUACAAGACCCUCAAUUAAAAUAAAUACAUGUAAACUUUUGUAUAUAGUACUUUUACGUAGUGGAUUACAUAUACUGUUUAUUUAAUUAAAUUUAAUGAUCUUUUGAUUCUUAUUGCAGUGAGGUAUUGCAUGUUAAUAUGUUUUGAAUUAAUGUUAUACGUAUAUCCAGUAUAUUAUAAGUAUAUAUAUAUUGUAAUUCAGACUUUUUUAAACUAUGUAGAUUAUUUUUAGACAAUAAUGAUAAUUAUUUAUAUAUCUAAGACACACAUCUACAUUUAAAGUCACUUAUAAAUAAAUUGUUAAGAAGUAUUUAUUGUGAAUAAGAUAUGUUUUUCAGCAGAACUCUGUAUAUUAUUAGAGCAUAUUUGUAACCAAUCUUUCUAUUUGCUUAUUCCUUGAACUUGUUCAAUUUAUUUAAUGAGCACAAAAACACAGUUGCGGAUCAGCUGUUGAUGCUUAAGUCAAAGAAGCAGUGACUGGGUAAAGCCUUCUACUGCUUUUAACCUAACAACUAAGUAUGGGUAGGUUGUGUAAGUCAUAGUUGUUUCCUUUCUAGUAAUAACGCAGAAAAGCACACGCAGCAUUGUAAGGUUCAAAUUCUAUUGAAUAAUAACCCUUUAUUUUUAAAAGCCAUAACAAAGUUUCGAAACUUGUAAUCUAGUAUUUUUCCCCUGUAGACAUUCCUAUUACAUAUCUAUUCGUAUCUUUGCCCGUUAUGAGACACCUAAUGUCUUAGCUCAAUUCCUCAGCAGCAUUGGCAACUGGAUUUUAAAUUACUUUCUCAAUGAAUUUGCUUUGACACUACUUAGGCUUAUCGUUCAGUAUUCUUUACAGUGUUUACUGUUUCCUUUUUUUCAAACUUAAAAAUUUAACAUAUAGAUCAACAUUAAUACAAAAUACUUUCUCUUUGUUGUGAUUGUAAAUUAUGUAACAACGCGUUCUUUUUUGAGGAAACGGCAACUGUAUUUGUCAAGGCGACCAUAAAAUUAAGUUAAAGAAAUUGUUAAACAUUUUAAGUAGUGAAAUUUCGCUGAAACGCAGUUUCACAAGAGACAGGCGUAAGUGAGCUCAAUAUGUAUGCCACGCACCGUCGUUUAUAUUUUCCUAUUAUAUCAUCGUAAUGUGUUGUAUUUUAUCUAUUAUUUGUUAGAUGUUUACCCAACAAAGAGGUUUUAAAAAUAUCUUUCUUUGCCUGCUAAUUGAAGUCGAAGAAAUAAAUAAACGGCAUAAAUAAUUAAAAUCUCUUGCCAUUUUAUAUGUUUAAGGCUGUGUGUAAAUUAAGGAUUUACAGAACAGAUAGCAUGCUCCAAGCUGUCUCCA